AUGAGUCCAAAAACAAAUAUUCCUUUGUUCAAUUUGACUUAGAUAAUAGUUGGGAUUGUGGCCUUUUCACAAGGAGUAUAGCAUUUAGCAGAUCUAUCAAUUUAAUAUUUAUACAAGGAUGAUUUUCAUGUAUCACCUAGUAAGAUGGGAGUAUUUGUUGGAUUAUCAUAAUUACCAUGGAUAAUUAAGCCUAUUUGGGGAAUAGUUUGUGAUUCCUUUCCAAUUUUGGGAUCCAAAAGAAAAGCAUAUAUUGUCUUCUGUGGCUUUUUAAGUUUUUUAGGAUGGCAAUUAAUGGCAUAUAUUGGAGUUGAUAAUGUUUAUGUGGCUGUUUCUUUGCUUAUUAUGAUAUCCUCUUCUGUUUGCAUCUGCAAUGUAGUUGGAGAGGCUUUAAUGGUAGAAUAGUGUGCAAAUGAUCAUGCAGCAAAUAAUGUUUCAGUAUUCUUUGGAUUCAAAGCUGCAGGUGGAUUGAUUAGUGCAUAUUUCUCAGGAAUGUUACUUAUGUAUUUAACUAAGAAAUAAAUAUUUAUGAUCAACAGUUUGUUUCCAUUAACAAUGGCAUUACUUUCUUUGAAAUUGAAAGAGACUGAAUAAACCCAAUAAUCAUAAAAUAUAAAGGAAGUAUUGAGUAUUUUCUGGAAAUUCUUCUCUAAUCCUAAAAUUUAUUAACCUGUAUUGUUAAUUUUAGCAUUCAUGAUGGUACCUUCAAGUAGUUCAAUAAUGUUUUAUUUCUAUACUGAAGUCUUGCAUUUUACUCCAAGAUUCAUGGGAUAUCUAAAAUUUAUCAGUUGUUUGGGCACACUUCUUGCGAUUUUAUUGUAUAGAAAUUAUUUAAAGGAUGUCGCAUUUAAAAAUAUAUUUAUUACUACUACAGUUGCUUUCUUCUUUUGUUAUCUCACGACAAUACCUUUGGUUACAAGAAUGAAUGUAAAAUGGGGAAUAGACGAUAGAUUUUUCUGUCUAGGUGAUUCAGUGAUCUUAUAAUUUAUUGGAGAACUGAACUUACUACCUAUUUUAGUUUAUGCAUGCAAAAUUUGUCCUAAAAACAUUGAAGCAACUAUGUAUGCUAUGCUUAUGGCCACAAUGAAUCUAGGAACCUUUGCUGGAGGAUAAAUCGGCAAUUUGAUCUUAUAUGAAAUGGGAAUCAAUUAAUAAGAUUACUCUAAAUUAUAUAUUUUCAUUGCUUUAUCAAGUCUCUUUAUCAUUUUACCCUUGCCAUGGAUUCAUCUAAUAAAUGACAAGGUAAUGCCACAAGAAUAAGAAUAAUAGUCUGCAUAGAUUGAAGACAUUGAGGAGAAAUAAAAACUAAUUGCUGAAGCAGAAUGA